AUGACGAGCACCCCUGAGGCCCAGGGCCUGGACCUGCAGCAGCUGCAGCAGGAGCAACAACUACAGCAGCUGGAGCUACAGCAGGAGCAGCAGCAGCAGCAGCGACAGCAGCAGAAUAAGGGGCUAGGGCAACAGCAGCAGGAAAACAAUGCGUCCGCUCAUUUGGGGGCCGCUCAGCAGGGGGCCCCCAAGGGGCCCCCGGGACCCCAGCAGCUGCCCACAGAAAAGGAUGUGCAUGCAGAAGAUGCAGCAACAGCAGCAUCUGUUGCACCUGCUGAAGCAGCAGCAGGAGCAGCAGAUGGGGCAGAAGACAGUAUCAUUAGGCGGAGCAUCUUCGUGGAUCUGAAAGGUCUGGGGGCCCCGUCUUGGCCCCCAUCCGAGCCGACCCCAGGGGCCCCUUGGGGGCCCCCUGGGGUCGGCAGCAGCAGCAGCAGCAGCAGCGGGGGGGAAGCUGAAGACCUGCAGGGGACAGUAGCAGCCCAAGAGAGCUGCUGCGCUGCUUCUGAGGCGGAGGGGGGCCCCUCUCCCUCAGGGCUGCUGCCUCGCAAUGGGACUUCCUCUGCUGCAGCUGCUGCAGUAGCAGCAGCUGCUGCUGCAGCGGCUGCUGCAGCAGCGGCGGAGGGCGAGGGGGCCUGCGGGGCCGCGGACCUCGCGCUGCUGUCGAAGAAAAUGGACGAAGCAGCGCAGCAGCUGCGCGCUUUUGCUGCUGCUGCUGAAGUGGGGCUGCAGCGCUUCGGCAUGCAUGCAGAAGCCCUGCGUUCGGACUUAGCCGAUAUUUACGUUCGGCUGGCGGAGCUGACGAAGGAGCUGGACGAUCUUCACGACGACGACGCUGCUGCUGCUGCUGCUGCUGCUGCUGGGCCUCCGGCGGCUCCGGCUGCUGCAGACGCAGCAGCAGCAGCAGACAGCUCCGCAGCUGCAGCAGCAGCAGCAGCAGCAGCAAAAGCUGAAGGGGGGCCGCCCACGCAGCAGCCAAAGCUUUCUUGGGCUGUUGACCCUUCAGUGGUUCGUCUCUCAGCUGCGCCGCCGGCUUUGGGGCUGGGCAUGCUGGACGUGCUGCAGCACGAGGAGGAGCAGCAGCUGAAGCAGCUGCAGCAGCAGCAGCAGCAGCAGCCGCGGCCGCAGCAGCUCAUCGGGGGGCCCGUCCUCUUCGGAAACGGACAAGUGGCGGAUGAGUUCGAUUCUGCUGCUGAUCUUUAUUUAGAAACUACUGAUGUGCUGCGGCACUACUUGGUGGCUUGUGACGCUGAGAGGCUGCAGCAGCAGCAGAAGCAACAGCAGAUACGAGAGGCUGUUCUCCGGCAGCGCCGGGAAGUCGCCCUCAAGCUGCAGCAGGAGCAGCAGCAGCAGCAGGAGCAGCAGCAAGCAGCACAAGGAGACCGGCAAGAAGACGCUUCAGAUCCCGCAGCGGCUGAGCGAGACAGCUCAGGGGCGCCGUCACUCCCAGCAGCAGCAGCAGCAGCAGCAGCAGCAACGGCAGCGGAAACAGGAGCGGCGCCUGGGGAGGGCGUCGAGCCUCCGGUUCCUGCUCCAGCCGGAGCAGCCGCAGCAGCGGCUCCUGCUGCUGCUGCUGCUGCUGCAGCACCUGCUGCAGAAGAGGCCGAGGCGCUCAGUAUAGGCUGUGGCGAACUCUAUAAAGAAGACCUCUAUGGGGGCCCCAUCCACCCCUGGGCGGACUGCCGCUCGAUUUUGUCUGCUGCAGCAGCAGCAGCAGCAGCAGUGGGGUGGCUGGUGGAGGACGGAGAGGGCCCGGAAGGAGAAGCAGCAGCAGCAGCAGCGCUGGCGGCCGGCGCUGCAGCAGCAGACGAAGAAGCAGCAAAUGAAGCAGCAGCUGAAAACCAAGUGGCUCUCCACACUUCUUGUGCCUGGAGGGCCCCCUGCGCGCUGCUGCCGCACAAGCUGCGGGGCCCCGAUGACCCCAGCCGGCCGCGGCCCCCAUUGCUGCAGCAGGUAGUGCAGCAGCUGCAGCAGUCUGCUGAAGCUGCUGCUGCUGCGAAGCGCAGACACCGCCGCUUCCAGUACCCCCAGAGUGACUGCGCCUCAGUUGCAAGCGCAGACGCUGACCAGCAGCCGCAGCCGCAGCAGCAGCAGCAGCAGCAGCAACAAGUGCCAAGUCGGCACGGGUCUGCCUACCGACACGAGCAGCAGCAAGCAGAGCCUCAGCCUCCCCAGGUGCAGCAGCAGCAGCCUCCAGCGUCGUCCCAGCAGCAGCAACCGUCACAGCCUCAUCCCCAGCAGCAGUCACAACAGCAGCAGCUGCAGCAGCAGCAGGAGCAGCAGCCGCAGGCUCCGCAGCCGACCCCGCUGCAGCAGCCGCGACAGCCGCCGCCGCCGCCGCAGCAGCAGCAGCAGCAGCCGCAGCAGCAACAGCAGCAAGCGGAGGCCGAGCGAGUGCCUGGAGUCGUGUUCGACCCCCAGAGGAACUGCUGGGAAGCGAGAUGGGUUGAAGAUGGCAGCGCCCAUUCGAAGUCCUUCUCGGUGACGAAAUACGGCAAAGAUUUGGCCUACAAGCUGUCCGUACAGUGCAGGCUUGCCCACGCGCCGGACGGAACUCAAGGAGCGACGGAGGCGAGCAGCAGCCGCAGCAGCAGUAGCAACAGCAACAGCAGCAACAGCAAGAAGGAGUUUGCUGCAGCACACGCAGCAGAGGCUCCUUCCCAGCCACGUCGCCGCAUGCGUACAGGGGCAGGUGCAAGAAGGUCCGCAGUUUCAGGGCUGAGCAGUGCAGCCCACAGCAGCAGCAGCAGCAGCAGCAGCAGCGGCGUCAAGGCUGAGCAGCAGGCCAUGGGGCCCGCUCGAGUCAACGGCCGGGGCAGCAGCCACAGGAACGGCAUUCUGGGCGUUUCGUUUUCUCGCACUGGCAAUGCGUGGCUGGCGUACAUAAAGAACCGGAGCACCAAGAGCCAAAUAAACCGCUACUUUCGGGUUUCUGUUUACGGCUGGAAAGGCGCCAAGAGGAAGGCAAUAGAGGCCAGGCUCGAGCUGGAAGAAGAAAUGAAAAAGCUGCACCAGGGACACUGGGAUGUAUCGCCGUGCAUGCCUCCUGCUGUUUACUUCGACGCGGAGGCGAACGCCUGGGUGGCGGCAGCUCACGACCCAGUGACUGGCCAGCUGGUGACCAAAGCCUUCCCCGUAGAAGAGACCCCCGGGGGCGCAGCAGCAGCUCGCAGCGCCGCCAUAGAGGCGCGGCUGGAGAUGGACGGCGAUGACGAAAAGGAAGUGCGAAUGGGUCUUGGGCGUGGCGGGGUGGAGCACGAGGAGGAGUCCCAGCAGGUACCAGUGGGGGUCCCUGAGGCCAGCCCCGAGGUGGCCUUGGCGCAGCAGCAGCAGCAGCAGGAGCCGAAGCUCGAAGACCCAUCCGCAUUCGAGGCCGCAAACGGAUGCCCCCCCAAACAUGAGCUGCACUCGCAACAGCCGGACCUGCAGCAGCAGCAGCAGCAGCAACUGAUGAAGCCCGCGCCGUGUGGCGCCGCUGAAGGACUGCCUCAGCUGGACCCCUCGGGUUUAGGUGCGCUCGAGCAGCAGCAGCAGCAGCAGCAGCAGCCUGUUAGUGAUGUGGCAUACGGCGGGGACUACGCAGCAGCAGCAGCAGCAGCAGCAGCAGCACCUGCUGCCGCUGCUGUUGCAGCAGAUGAAGACGGUAGAGCGAAAGCAAGAAAAAGACGCCGAAACCCCAGUGCUCUUGUAGGGGCUCCCGGGGGGGGCCCCCUCAGCUCUAAGGGCAGGAGGCCCCGCAGCGACAGUGCUGUGUAUGAGGGUCUGGAUCAGAAGAGGGGCUGCGCCUCGCCUGGGUCCCUUCAUGGCGCCGAGUCUGCUGCUGCUGCUGCUGCUGCGGCAGUUGCUGCAGCAGCCAGCACCCCGGCGGUGGUAGACGUGCUUGGAGAGGCGGCGAAAUCCAUGGACCCGUCUCAGUCUUCCGCUAACCAGGAAGCAGUCGCAGCAGCAGCAGCAGCAACGGCAGCGUUUCAAUGCUCUGCAGCAGCAGCAGGCCUUGCAGCAUCAGGCGCUCUGGCGGCAGCAGAGACGCAGCACCAGCAGCAGCAGCCGCAGCAGGCUGGGACUCUGGGGAUCGCGGGUGGCUUGUGCGGCAACAACCACACUGCUGCUGUGCAGGUGCAGCAGCUCUCAGCGCUGCUGGUACCUGAGCAUUUGCAGGCCCCGCCCCCGCCGCCACAGCAGCAGCAGCAGCAGCAGAAACCCUACUGCUGCGCGCAGCACCUAGAGAUGCUGCAGCAAAUGGAUGAGAUCCAGCGGCAGCUACCUGAAGUGGCCCUCUGUAGGCAAAGUAUGUACAGGAGAUUGGUUUCUAUGCCGGAGCAGCCAGUGACACCGGAGCAGCUGCGGGAGAUAGAGUCCGCGCGGGCGGACUUUGACGAGUUGUCGCAGCAGCAGCUGCGCAUGGAGCAGCAGCUGCAGCUGCUGAACCAGCAGCAGCACUACCACGCACUGCAGCACAGAGCAGAGCUGCUGCAGCAGCAGCAACAACAGGGAAUACCGCAGCAUGCGCCACCACCGAGCCAAGACCUGCUGCAGCAACAGGGGAUUAUGAAUGAACAGGACCUGCUGCAGCAACGGGUGCUGCAGCAACGGCUGCUUCAACAAAGGGUGCUACAGCAGCAGCUGAUGCAGCAGCAGCAAUUCAUCCAGCAGCAGCAGCUGCUGCAGCAGCAGCAACUGAUGCAGCCACAACAGUUGCAAACGCAGCAGCUGCAGCAACAGCGCCUACCUGCAGCUGCAGAUCCUUUUUCUCAGCUCAGCGCUGCUGCAGUGAGUGCUGGCGCACAAGGUGCAGUGGCUGACGAGCAGCAGCAGCAGCAGCAAGCUUUCUUCGCUCAGCCAACGUUUUGA